AUGAUACCAGCUGCUGAGGCCAAUGGCUUUCGACAUCUGCUCCGGCAGCAGUCGCCUCCUCGCGGCACCCCCUCGCAAAUCUUGUCUGCUCGUCUACGAAGAUUUACCCGGCACCGUUCCUCUUUUUCCAUAGUAGCAGCUCCCACAAGAAUAUUGAUCCCACGACACGGGCCGAGUCUCUCGGCGAGACUUCUGUCCCAGUUACAUGAGCCCUAUUUCGACACCUCGGCGCCUGCGAUCAAGUCGCGCCCAGAUUCUCCCUCUCCCAACGCGAAUCUCUUCGACCUGCUCCGGGCGGUCCAGUCGCAGGAUACAACCCAAAUACUGAAGAGUGUCAUAGCCCUAGCACGUCACCCACGGCCCCUUGAGGCGGCAGACGCAUUGCACAAGCUAUCACCAACUACGUUUUCGGAAAUUGUGCGUUCCCUGGAUCCCUCCCGUGUCGGCUGCCGUAGCGAUGCGACUCACGGUCUGCGACUCGAGAACGGUCUCGGCCAGUACAGCUCCCUUGCCUCGGUGGUCGAUCAAUUCGGUGUGCCUAAAAUCUACAAAAACACCUUUGAAUCAUUACGUAUUCUAUUCGGUCUGAGAUCCUACCAUGGCAACGAACCGUCACGACUCGACUAUCUAGUUCUCCUUAGAUGCGCCGGUGCUGCAUCCAACGUCCAGGCCGCAACAGAAGUUUGGCAUAUGACCAAGGGGGAAGAAGACGGCCGCCACAGAAAUGGGCAGGACUAUACCGAAUACUUCAAGACCCGGUUCCUCACAGACCCAGCCUACUCACACCAUGAUAAGAGUAGGCUGCGAAUGCGACCCCGUAAUUUAAAUGGUCGUAGGAAGCACUUCAACGACACCCGGCUUUUGUGGCCCCUUGAGAGACUGAGACUCAGCGCUUUUGCCAACAGGAGGUUCAGCUACGGCCGUGCCAGUUGGCAACCGACUCAUGACUUACAUCGCCUCCUCAGUCUGCCCGCGCCUGUCGAACGAAUGCGUUCUUUCAUCCGCCGCAAGCACAAAGUAGUGGACGAAGAGUUCUACUGCGCGUACCUCUUAGCAUGCGCACGCGCGGGUUCUGUCAGGGAGAUGACUCAAAUUCUCCGGAGAGUCUGGGAUAUCAGAAUUACGGACAAGAAAGAUCAUCGAGCAGCAACAAUCGUAAGUGGCAACAGGGCGGACAAUGGCAAGCGAUUACCCACGCCAACACAGCCUUUGAUCAACGCCAUCGUGCAGUCGUUUGGUUGCACUGGUCAUGUCAUUCUUGCCAAAAAACUGAUUGAGUACAUCUCUACAAGAUGGAGCAUCCCCAUACCGCCAGACACCUGGUCCUCGCUCCUUGAAUGGACCUACAUUAUAUCUUCUAGACCGGUCACUCGAGAGUACAAGACUUUGAGAGACAACGGCAGGACCGUUCGCGCGAGCGACGUGUUGGCCGUGUGGGACGCCAUGACGGCUGAACCCCACCUUGUCAAGCCCGGUUUUCACGACAUUGACCUUUACACUAGGUCAAUGAUUGCUUCUGGGAGACUGGACGAAGCGUGGGAUUCAAUAAGGCUUAGUUGCGCCGAGCACGACUCUCUAUGCGAGGAAGUCGGAACAGCUCUGUUCGAGAGCCUUUUCCCCUCGCCACCGCCAGCUUCAAUUUGUCGUCACCAGCGACUAAAAGCUCAACAACACUUGUCCUGGUACUACAUCCAACGCUCGUGCCAGCAAUGGUUGCGAGAAGCCAGCGUACGCUUACGCCGCGAGCCCUCGCUGGGAUCCCGGAUAAUUCCUCACUUUCUUCACGAUUUUCGCCGUUUUCUCCCUGAUCCAAUCACGUACUCGACGUAUGGAGGGACUGUAAGGAUCGCGAACCAAGAAACCGCUGCCCCAAGAAUCAGAUGGGUGAGGCAGGUUAUUCGCGCCGAGCCAACUGUGAGACUUGCUCCUGAUCCAAGCCGGCCAAAGGUUUCUACACCGGAGGGCGCUGGGGAGGACGUGAAGCCCGUACCUAUCGUCUCCGAGAUGGGCGACCAGGUCUACGAGAGCAUGGCAAUUACCCUGAGACGAUCGAGCCGACGAUUGGUCCGCCAACGAAGGGAGGGCAGAUUUGGAGAGCUAGAGCGUCGCCUACGAUUCAAGCUCAACAUAGCAGCCGACCAGGGGCUUGUUACCGGAGGAGAGGCGAUUCGCGGGGCCGGGGCUAUGAAAUCGCCCCUGUCACGAAAGAUCGGAUUAUUAUACCAGAAAGAGGUUUUGAAGGCCUUGAUGUGGUAG